AUGACGUCACGCCCCGGCUGGCGGGGAUGUGUGGGGCCUGGAGUCUCGGUGGUAUCGGUGACGAAGCUGGUGGGUGAGGGGCCCGUCGAGUUCACACACAGCCAAUAUGUUGUUCACCUGCCAGAGAACACCAAAAUCCCUCCAUCAAGACCUCUGCUGCAGCUUUCCUUACGACCCCAUGCGCCAGGGGAGAGAGUGAGCUUCCACAUAAAGGAGGGAAACGAGGGAGGUAACUUUUUCCUCCAUCCCUCCACCGGCGUGCUGACCCUCCAACGACCUCUGGAUUAUGAGGAAACACAACAGAUCGAGCUCACGGUACAAGUUCAAGGAAGCAAACAUAGAAGCAACCCAGCCGGCAGAAAGAGCAACUCCGGCCUGCACUCCGCCACAGAGGGCAGCACGGGUCUCGGCGGCAGCCUCGCGCGCGUACUGGUGCAAGUUGGCGAUAAGAACGAGCACGCGCCUUACUUCCCACGACCAUUACACGAGACGCAGAUCACGGAGGAGGACGACAGACACCUCCCCAAGACUGUGCUGACCGUGACGGCCGAGGAUGGGGACGCAGGGGGCCACGGGCAGCUACUGUACUCGAUCUCAGGUGACGGCGUGCAUCCCAACGCCAGUUUGUCUUACUUCUCCGUCGACCCCGCCAGCGGUUCUCUCAGUCUGUUGAAGCCGCUGGACCGCGACCCGCCCUCCGGUAGAUCCCAGUGGCGGCUGCAGAUCGGUGCCAGCGACGGCCAGAGCCAGGCGGUGACGGUGGUGCUGGUCAACGUGAAGGACAUCAACGACAACGCGCCCUUCUUCCCCGAUGAGACCCUGCACGCCACGGUGGACGAGAACUCUCCUAAAGGCACACUCGUCACCCAGGUCCAAGCCACAGACCACGACGACCCAAACGAAGGGACCAACGCCCGCCUCGUCUACUCCCUCGAGAAGAACGUGAUCGACGAAGAGACGGGCCGACCGAUCUUCACCGUCGAUGGCCAGGACGGGAUCAUUAGCACCGCCAUCUGUUGUUUGGACCGAGAGAAGGCCCAACGUUAUGCCAUACAAGUGGUCGCGACGGAUGGAGGCGGGCUGAAAGGUACAGGAACGGUGCUGGUGGAGGUGGGGGACGUGAACGACACCCCCCCCAGGUUCCCCCAGAAGGAGUGGGUGCUGGCGGCGGGGGAGCAGCUCACCCCCGACCAACCCCUGGGGGAGCUCGGGGUGAUGGACCAGGACCUCAACAACGAGUUCUCCUUCAGGGUGGUUCCGGAGAGUGGGCGUGGCUGGCAGCUGUUCAGAGUGGGCGCCGGGGGUGUGGGCGGUCUGCUGUGGGCGCGGCAACCCCUUGACUACGAGAACCCCGCCCACAGAGCUGGAUUCCGGUUCAGAGUGGAGGUGACGGACAGGGGUGAGGACGGCUGGCACUUCCCUCACAACACUGACAGCACCUGGGUCACACUGCACCUGCUUGACUCCAACGACAACGCUCCCACCUUCACCGCCAGCCUCGCCCACCUGUCGCUGCCCGAGGACACGCCGCCUGGGACCUACCUCGCCUCCUUCCCGGCCCACGACGACGACGGGGGCGGCGACGGGAGGGUGGACUACGGUGUUUCGCCCAAGACGGACCCCGGCGGCCUGUUCAGCGUGAGUGAGGCGGGCGUAGUGCAGCUGGCGAGGGAGCUGGACAGGGAGGCGGCGGAGUUCCACAGGGUCUUGGUGGAAGCGGUGGAUCGAGGAACGCCGCCCAGAACUGCUACGGCGACUUUACUGGUGAACGUGACGGACGUGAACGACAACCCGCCUUACCUGUCCGAGCCGCGGCAGGUGAGGGUCCCGGAGAACGCGGCGCCCCGGGAGGUAGCGCGGGCACACCUGGGGGACCGUGACCUGUGGGGGGAGGGCCACGGACCGCCCUUCACCAUACACCUGGACCCCCGAGCCCCGGCCGCCGUGAGGGAGGCCGUGGAGGUCAUCUUUAACAGGGAAGGUGACUCCGGGCGUGGCGAGGGCGUGGUAAGAACAACUCGCCAGCUGGACAGGGAGGUCACGCCCCUGAUCCGCGUGCCCCUGGUGGUGGGGGACGCGGGCGAGCUCUCCACUACCGUCACGCUCACCGUCUCCGUCACCGAUCAGAACGAUAACCCGAUGUCCCCCGCGUCCCGCUCCGUCACGGCCUGGGUGCUACAGCCCCAGAGCGAGGUGGUGCCCUUGGGUCGUGUCUACGUGCGGGACCCAGAUGACAGUGACCACUCGUCCAAGUCCUACCGAUGGAGGGGCGCGGCGCACCCUCGCGUGGCCCUCAGCCAGGCCACCGGGAACCUGGCGCUGCACCCGGGUGACCACGGCGACAGACUUGACCUGACCUUCUCCGUGAGUGACCCCGGCCAAGGACAGACGGGGGUGCGGGCCAACGUGUCAGUGGAGGUCAGGUCACUGCGGCGGCGGGAGGUCAGAGGCGCUGUCCCCCUCACCCUCUACGCCUCCCCUCAAGACGUAGUGAGGGAGAGAAGGGGAGAAGGAGAGAUCCCGUUUUCUAUCAUGGGUCGCUUGGAGGAGGCGGUGCGGAGGUGGGCGGCGGCGGCGGCGAUGGACGAAGAGGAGGAGGAAGAGGUGAAGAAAACGAGCAAGAAAAUAACACCGUGGAAUGCGAGGAAAAACAGAAACCAGGGAGGAGACCGCGGGAAAGCUGGUGAUGGAGGAGGAGGAGGAGGAGGAGGAGUGGAGGCGAUCGCGGUGGAGGAGGUGGAGGGGAAGGAAGGACAUGUUCUAACGCGUUUGUGGAUUACGACGCCGGCCAGUUACGCGGAUUUCAACCUUAUGCUCCAGAGACGGAAGGUUGAGUUAAGCAAAGCGGCGGGCGUACAAGUCAUCAGUGUGGGAGUCGGCGUCUGCACAGAACAACCCCAAUCCACCCCCACCAACAACCCCACCACCAACACUGCUGCUACCAACACCACAACAACCCCUUCAGACACGCAGCCGAGAGAGCGACCGGGCGGCGGGGAGGGACACGUGGAGAGGGAGGAAGGGACACAGACGCUUCUAGGACCAAACCACGCUGGGCUAGUAACGUACAGUGUGAUAGAGGCUGGAGAGAGAGCUGUAGUGGGGCCCCGAAUCGGUCUUCUCAACAUAUGCGGCUGUGAUGGCGUGCGGAAAGAAGAUGAGGAGGAGGAGGAUGCUGGAACUGGCUCAGGAAGUUACGAGGGCUCCCAUCAUCACGGAAUCUAUCAGCAUCUGCCAGAACCGGACCCCCAGCACUCGUUUUCAGCCCCACCAGGCGUUCAGCACUCCACGAAACAUCAUUAUCUAGCCACAAGUCGUCACCACCACCUACACCACUACCACCACUUCCACCACACCUGCACCCCGCAUACCUGUUUGAAUGGUGGCAGGUGUGUCCCGGGGCAGUCUGGCUUUAGGUGUGUCUGUCCUCAUGGCACUGAAGGAGGGCGAUGCAAGGUCCUCAGCCGACAGUUUAUUCUCCCAAAGCACACGAGAGAAGGAGACCAAGGAGGCGGAGGAGGAGUAGAAGGAGGAGGAGGAAGGGAAGUAGAAGGAGGAGGGCCCGUGUGGCUUUCCCCAGUCCCUUCAUGCACUCGAGUCCACAUCACUCUCGAAAUCUUGGCUAACUCUCGAGAUGCAACGAUACUCCACUCCGGGCCUGAGGAAGAGGAGGAGGUGGAGGAGGAGAAGAGGACACAUCAGCCUUUGGAGGAGGGCGAGGAAGACGUGGAUGAGGAGCAGGAGAGUCUUAAUGUCUGGCAUAAUGACGUGCUGAGCCUUGAGCUGCGUGGAGGACUGCCCGUGUUGAAGGUGGACCUUGGAGGGGGACCUGUGCACUUGUCGCCUCCCUUGAGUGUGGCGGACGGCAGGUGGCAUCGGCUGGACCUUACGUGGGCUGAGCAGAUGGUCGAAAUAAUGGUGGAUCUAUGCGUGGGGGAGCCUGCACGCCCACCCACGCCCACCUGCACCCACCCACACCCACGCCUGAUGCCCGACGAGGAUUGCAAGAGGACAGCGAGGAUACCAGUGGGCGGCGGGCGGCUGAACACUGGCUACCCGCUACUGUUGGGCGGGAAAGCAAGUUACGCCCGUGUCCCAGCCCAGAGUCCCGCCCAAUCCUACGCCCACUCCUACACGCGGCCGUUUCAAGGGUGUGUGAGGAAUCUGCGGGUGAAUGGAGAGCUGAUGGACCUGGCAGGGGGCGCGUCUCCCCUCCCCCCCGGCUGCCCCGACCCCUCCUGCACCGCGUCCAACGUCCCCUGCGGCCCCCACGGACGGUACGUGUGUGUGUGUGGCUCCACCUCCAUCCACCUCAGGUACCGUACAUGGCGGCGGGACGGGGAGCUGAUCGCCUUGAGCUCUGAGGGGGGCGGAGGGGGCGUGCGGCUGGAGCUGGUGGGGGGGCGUGUGUGCGUGCGUGUGUACCUCCCGCCGCGCCCUCCUGCCUCGCUCUGCCUGUCCAGCCCUCACCUCACCGACGGCCAGUGGCAUAAGGUGGUGUUCGUCAGGCAGGGCCCCGCCGUCACCCUCUCAGCAGACGACGCCGAGGCCCCGCUCUACAACUCGUCCCUGUCCCUGCUGCCACCGCCCCCCUCUGGCCCGCCCCCCCUGCCGGGCCACGCCGACGAGGGGCUCACCGUGGGCGGCACUCCGGAGUACCUCGCCCUCAGUGUGCUCAGCGUGCGGGGAGACUACUUCGACGGCUGCCUUGAUGACCUCCGUAUCUCAGGUCGGCCCCUCCCUCUGCCCCCCGCCGCCAACAGCUCAGAGUGGGGGGAGGUGCGGGGGUUCCAGGGGGUGGGGAGGGGGUGCGGCGCUCCCCCCGUAUGCGCCAACGUCACCUGCCCGCCCCCCUUCACCUGUGUGGACACCUGGCGGAACUACCACUGUGGGUGUGGCGCGGGGCAGGUGUUGGCGCGGGGGGGCGGGUCAUGUCAGCCCCUGGACCAGUGUGUGUAUAGCCCCUGUCUCAACGGCGGAACCUGCUACACGCCCAGCUCAGGUGGGUUCCUGUGUUCGUGUGAGUCUGGCUUCAGCGGCCGACACUGCCACCUGCCGUACCCCGAGGACCCUACCCUGAGGCUCUCCCUGGGUGCACUCCUCGCCCUAGUGGUGUGGUGUACCUUCCUCAUGUUACUGGUCGGCGCCUUCCUCCUCCACCAACACCACCGCCGCCACGCCGCUGUCAGGAAGGGGGCGGCGGCGGGGGUGGGGGACAAGGGCGACACCCACACGCUGAGGGAGCCCACGCCCCCCCACGGCCCGCCCACGCCCCCCCACACCCCCAACCUGCUCGAGAUGCAACUCCUGAAGCCCCCGAAGAGUAAUGGGCAGGCGGCGUGGACCAGGAACCCCAAUAUUGCAGACGUGGAUGUCCUUCAAGUCGACGCCACUUCCGUCACGAGCAGCGGAGGGGAGGACCACCCCCGCGCCUCCCCCGCUCCCCGCAGCCCCCCCUCCUCCUCCACCCCCUCCACCACCAGGGCAGGACGGAGCAAAGGAGGAGGAGGAGGAGGAGGAGGAGGAGAUGACUUGAGAAACUAUGCCUACGAGGGAGAUGGUUCGUCACCCGGUUCUCUCUCCUCGUGUUUGGAGAGCUGCGGAGGAAGUGGAAAAUUCCUUGACGGUUUCCGAGAGGUUGCCCACUUAUUAGAAUCCUGGGACCCUACCAACACUACUACGACUACUACUACUGCUACUACUACAACUGCUACUACUACUACUACUACUGCUACGAGAGCCCCAAGGAGUAAAAGGGACGCUGCGUUACCAAUUACGAAUAUAUUAAGUGAUUUGAAAGAACAGCCCAAUUUUUCUACUACUACUACUACUACUGCUUCUGCUACUACUAUUUCUACUGCUAUUACUACUAUCUGCGCUGCUCUGGCCGGGACUACUACUUCUACUGUCACUGCUAUUGCCUCUUCUUCCUCUUUACCGACUCCGACUCCUCCUUCUUCUUCUUCUUCUUCUUCUCUUCUGCCCCAUCUUCUUCCCUCUUCUCAUCAUCCUCCUCCUCCUCCUCCUUCGCUUCCGCUUCCUGACCCUCCAAAAGCUUUUAUGAGUAAGUGAGUUUGAUAUUUUUUUGUUUGUUUGUUUGUUUUGUUUUGUUUUGAUGUGUUUUUCUUUUCUUUUUUCUUGCUUUUUUCUUGUUUUGGUUUUGUUUUGUUUUUCUCAUUCUCUUCGUUUUUUUUUUCUUUAUUUGUCUUUUUUUUCUUCUAAUUCUCAUCCUUCACCUUUUCCCUUGGUCUUGUUUUUUCUUCUUUUUCUUCAUCUUCUUCCUUUUCUUCUUCUUUUCCUCUUUUUCUUCUUCUUUUUCUUCUUCCUUUUCUUCUUCUUCUUCUUCUUCUUCUUCUUCUUCUUCUUCUUCUUCUUCUUCUUCUUCUUCUUCUUCUUCUUCUUCUUCUUCUUCCUUUUCUUCUUCCUCGUCAUCGUCAUCAUCAUCGUCAUCGUCAGCUUCCACUUCGAUGUUGUUUUUCUUCUUUUUUUGAGGUAAGUUAUUUUGCUUUCUUUUGGUUUCUUUAAUAUAUUUUUUUAUUCACAAGUAAAUAUUUUCUUUGUUAUUUUUUUUUUUUUUUUUGUAAUUUAAAUUCAUUAUAUAUCUGUUCUUUUUCAGCGGGGGCAAUUUUUUAAUCUUUUUUUUUACUUUUUAUUAUACAUUAUUUCAAUUCACAUUAUUAUUUUCUUCCUUCUAAUCUGUUUCCUUAUGUUGUUAUUAUUUCCUGUCAAUCUCUAUUUCCCUGUUAUUAUAUAUUUCUCUCUAUUUCUCCUAUUUAUUCCUAUCUCCCUCCUCCUUUCUUUCUUCUCAUCCGAAAAUAAAAGAGGCAAAAAAAUAUUGGAAGGAAAGAAUAUAUUGUCACAGAGAUACAAAGGAAGAGUAAAAGAAUUGAUAAAGAGAGGAAGGAGAUGCAAAAAGAAGGGAGAAAUAUAGAAAACGAGGGUAGAAGAGAAAGGAUUGAGAUGAUAAAGGAGGAGGAUUGAGAUUAAAAAAGGAGGAUUGAGAGGGAAAAAGAGAGAGGAUUGAGAUGAUAAAGAAAGUGGAAGGAGAAAAUAGGUAGAUGAAAAUGAGAGAGAGAAAAAAGAAAAGGAAAUAAGAGAGAAUAUAGAAAAAGUAAGAAAAAGAAGAAGGGAAUGAGAGGAAUAGACAGUGGGAUGAGGAAAGAAAAGAAGACGGGAAUGGCGGAGAUAAAAGAAAAGGAAAGAAAUGAUGGAAAAAAAGGAAAAUGACGAAAAAAAUGGAAAAAUAAAAGGAAAAAAAGAGGGAAAAUGUAAUACGCCAACCAGCAUGAAUUAUGACACUUAAUUUCCCUUUUUCCUCCUCUUUUAAACGUGAUUUACGACUAAGAGGAGGAGGAGGAGGAGGAGGGAGAAGAAGAAUCGGAUGUGAAACGAGGGAAAAGUGGCAGAUUGUGGAAUAUUUGAAGAAGGAGAAGGAGGAGGAGGUGGAAGAGGAGGGGGAGGAGGAGGAAGAAGAAGAAGAGGAGGAGGAGGAAAGUUCAGAGAGGAGAAAGGCAAAAGGUUAGGAAUUAGAGAAGCUGGAGGAAGAGGAGGAGGAGGAAGAGAAUGAGGAGAAAAGUUCAGAGAGUAAAAGGAGAAGAGAUGAAGAAAGAGAAGUUGGAGGAAGAGGAGAAGAAAAAGGAGGAGGAGGAAAAGAAGGAGGAAGAAGAAGAAAAUAAUAAUGAAGAAUUUAAAGAACGAUAGAUGUGAUUAAAGUGAAUGAACAAGAGGAAAAGACCAAUUAAUUAACAGCUUUGAAAAUAUAGAUAAAUAAAAAAUGAAAAAAUACUGUAGGUUCCCCUGAUAUCUGCUGUCUAUCUAUCUAUCUAUCUAUCUGUACCUAUUUAUAUGCAUUUAAUUAUAUUUAUUUUAUUUAUUUUCUAUUAUUUAUUUAUCCAUUUCGUUUUUAUUCUUCUAUUUAUUUGUUUAUAUGUUUGUUUGUUUGUUUACGCAUGUCUCCCUUUUUUUUUUUUUUUUUGGCGACGAAAGAAAACGGGAAAGAAUUGCGGAUUUUUUUAUUACUAUUUAUUACGUGAAUGAGAACGAAAGGAAGAAAGAAGGAAAAAGUGAAGAAAAUAAUGAAGGAGAAAGAAAGAGGAAAGAAGAAAAACAGGUAUCAUUUUUUUGUGUGUGUGAAGUUCUUGUUUUGGUUUGUUAUUACUUUUGAGAAUGAAGACAAGAAUAAUUGAGAAAAAGAAGAGAAGAAAGGAUUGAACGAACAAAUAGAAGAAUUAUAUAAAAAAGGAAAAAUAGAAUAAAAAAAAUAUAUGAAGACUGAAUUAAAGAGGAAAGAAAUAUAAGAAGAUGAAUAAAGGAGAAGAAGAGGAAAUGGAAGAGGAAAAAUCACAACAACAACAAAAUGAAAAAAAAAUAUAUGAA